UAGCUGCACAGUGAUUACAUGUUUGUAGUUUGGGGCUCUUAGCAAAAUUUUCCAAACCCUCUCAGCUCUCUAUUUCUCUGGCUUAUUUUCCCUUGACUUUUUUUUUUUUUAUCCAGCUGUGUGACGUGUGAGAGGAGUUCCUGCCCUUGUUUCAUGCAUUGUAGUUUAGAGGGAAGGAGAGGGACUCACCGAGAGGCGGACAUUUACUUGACCUGUCAAAGGGAAGAUGAAUUGAAGGCAAAAGUGGAUGAGGAGUUACAGUUGAGGAGUGACACGGGAGGAGGAGCACCAGCCUGGGGGGGGGAACCACCAGUUCAGCCUUCUUCUAGCAACAACGGGACAGGAUGAGGUACCAAGGCAGGGAAGUGGAUGUCGAAGGAAGAGUGCGCCUGGUGAUGGAGAGUGCCCUGACUGCCCGGGACAGGGUUGGGGUGCAGGACUUUGUCUUGCUGGAAAACUACAACAGUGAGGCAGCCUUCAUAGAGAACCUACGGAGACGAUUCGGAGAAAACCUCAUUUAUACAUAUAUUGGCUCAGUGUUGGUGUCGGUGAACCCUUACAAAGAGCUGGAGAUUUACUCCAAGCAGCAGAUGGAUCGCUACAGAGGGGUCAGCUUCUAUGAGAUAUCGCCUCACAUCUACGCCGUGUCAGACAACACUUACCGGGCCAUGCGGACUGAGAGGAAGGACCAGUGUAUUCUCAUAUCGGGCGAGAGUGGAGCAGGUAAAACAGAGGCCUCUAAGAAGAUCCUCCUCUACUACGCAGUCACCUGCCCCACUAAUGAUCACAUGGCUACCCUUGGUGACCGCCUUCUGCAGUCUAACCCUGUUCUGGAGGCAUUUGGCAAUGCCAAAACACUGAGGAAUGACAACUCCAGCCGCUUUGGAAAAUACAUGGAUGUCCAGUUUGACUUUAGGGGGGCACCAGUGGGCGGUCACAUCCUGAACUACCUGCUGGAGAAAUCCCGUGUAGUACACCAGAACCAUGGUGAAAGGAACUUCCACAUCUUCUAUCAGCUUCUGGAUGGAGGGGAUGACAACCUGCUUAACACACUGGCUCUGGAAAGAAAUCCUCAGAACUACCACUAUCUGGUCAAGGGCAACUGUCCCAGACUCAGCUCUGUCAGUGACAAGAAUAAUUGGAAAGUUGUGAUGAAGGCCCUGCCUAUAAUUGGCUUCACCGAGGAAGAAGUGCAGAAAUUGCUGAAUAUCAUCGGCAGUGUUCUCCACCUGGGAAACACUCAGUUUGGGGAAGGGGAGGAAGGAGAAACUUAUAUCACCACUGAGACUCAGAUAAACAAUCUUGCGAAGCUGUUGGGUGUUGAUGGCUCGGCCCUCAGGGAGGCACUCACUCACAAGAAACUCACUGCCAAAGGAGAGGAGAUGAUCAGCCCACUAAAUUUUGAGCAGGCAGUGUCUGCCCGUGAUGCCUUAGCCAAGGUCGUGUAUGGUCGGACCUUCACUUGGUUGGUGGAGAAGAUCAAUCAGUCCCUGGCUCUGAAGGAUGAACUCUACCAGAGCAGUAAGGGCUCCUCCGUUAUAGGGCUUUUAGAUAUAUAUGGCUUUGAGGUCCUACAGCACAACAGUUUUGAGCAGUUUUGCAUCAACUACUGCAAUGAGAAGCUCCAGCAGCUGUUUAUUGAGCUCACUCUGAGAUCUGAGCAGGAGGAGUAUGAGACAGAGGGAAUUGCAUGGGAGACAGUGCAGUACUUUGACAACAAGAUCAUUUGUGACCUGAUAGAGGAAAAGCACAAAGGCAUCAUCUCCAUUCUGGAUGAGGAGUGUCUGAGACCUGGAGAGACCUGCGAUGUGUCCUUUUUAGAGAAAUUGGAAGACACACUGGGUGGCCAUCCCCAUUUUGUCACGCACAAGUUGGCAAAUGGAAAAACCCGAAGGGUGAUGAGUAGGGAGGAGUUCAGGCUGCUGCAUUAUGCUGGAGAGGUCAACUACAAUGUCAAUGGUUUCCUCGACAAGAACAAUGAUUCGCUGAACAGGAACCUGAAAGAGGUCAUGUGCCAGUCAGAAAACCAGAUCCUAAGGCACUGCUUCCGCAGAGAGGAAGUGAUAGACCAGAAACGCCCAGAAAUGGCUGCCACUCAGUUUAAAAACAGCCUGAUGAAACUCAUGGAGAUCCUCAUGUCUAAAGAGCCAUCCUAUGUUCGCUGUAUCAAACCUAAUGAUGCCAAGCAGCCAGGAAGGUUUGAUGAAGUUCUGGUCAGACACCAGGUGAAGUACCUGGGCCUGAUGGAAAACCUGAGGGUCAGGAGAGCUGGCUUUGCCUACCGACGUCGCUUUGAAGCCUUCCUGCAGAGGUAUAAGCCCCUGUGUCCUGAGACAUGGCCCAACUGGCAUGGCAGACUGGCAGAUGGUGUCUUGACAUUGGUCAAUCACCUAGGCUACAAAGCAGAAGAGUACAAACUGGGAAGGUCAAAAAUCUUCAUCCGUUUCCCAAAAACUCUCUUCACCACUGAAGAUGCACUAGAAGCAAAAAAGCCAGACAUAGCUUUGACGCUGCAGACAUCAUGGAGAGGCUACAGGGAGAGAGCCAAGUACCAACGCAUCAGACACGCAGUGAUAGUGAUCCAGUCUGGGUGGCGUGGGAUGAAAGCACGCAGGAGGGCUAAGAGGCGUCGACAGGCUGCUGAUUUAAUACGCAGGUUCAUAAAAGGCUUCAUCUACCGUCAUGAGGAAUACUGCCCUGAGAAUGAGUAUUUCCUGGAUCAUGUACGCUACUCCUUCCUGAAGAAUCUACGCAAAAACCUGCCCAAGAGUGUUUUGGACAAAAGCUGGCCGACACCUCCUCCCUCCCUUGUUGAGGCCUCGGAGCACCUGCGGAGGCUUCACAUGAGAAACAUGGUCAUAAAGUAUUGCAGGAGGGUCCAGCCUGAAUGGAAGAAGCAGAUGAUGCAAAAGGUUGAAGCCAGUGAGAUCUUCAAGGAUCAGAAAGACAGCUACCCUCAGAGUGUUGGGAGGCUGUUUUUGGACUCCAGGCUGGAACGUGAGCAGAUCAGUCUCAAAGUGGUCCAGACCCUCGGCAAUGACAAAGUGCAGUACGGUGUUGCAGUCAUAAAGUAUGACAGGAGGGGUUUCAAGCCUCGCCCUCGCCAGCUGCUCCUCACUAACACCUUUGCUGUGCUGGUGGACAGGACCAAGAUCAAACAGAGGAUUGACUACGCUGCUCUGAGAGGUAUCUCUGUGAGCUCUCUGAGCGAUGGGAUGUUUGUUCUGCACAUGCCCAGUGAGGACAAUAAGCAGAAGGGCGAUGUGGUGCUGCAGUGCACCCAUGUGAUUGAGCUGGUGACAAAACUAGCCAUGAUGGCCAACAAGGUCAACUACGUCAACAUCAGCCCGGGCAGUAUUAGGUUUGCUGUGGCUCGAGGCAAGGAGGGAAUCAUUGAUUUCGUCAGGGGUUCAGAGCUAAAGGUGGCCAAAGGCAAGCGAGGACAUCUGCUAGUGACUGCCCCUCGGAUCAACACCACAUGAAGAAACGGAAAACAGCAACCAGACAAACAGUAAUCCUUUUAGCUAACCGGAGGAUUGCCACGCAGAAGUUUGUAGUCUGCAGCAUGAUACCACAAAGUACAUCAUCAUUAUUACAAGUGUUGCAAUAAUUACUGCUAAUUAUUUUAAAGAUUAGAAAAUCAUACCAUGAAGUCGCCACUGUUCCAAAUGCUUCAUCUUUUUAUUGUCAGUGAUAAAUAAUCAUACACAAAUAUAUUUAAACACAUCAAAUAUAAAAAUGUCUUCUAAUGUAAAACACUUUACCUCUUUAUUGUAAGAAAAAUAAAACAAACCACUUUGAAAUAAAUAGCAUGUUAAUAAAUAUAUUAAUAAAUAGUAAAUAUAUCUUUGGAAAGUCCAGUAGAUUGAGGGCUUGGGGGAAAAACAGGAUGUUGGAAAGAGUUCUCUCUGCUCUGGCAGCUUAUUGCUAACUUACAGUUAGAGCUAAGACAGAAACUCUGGGAAAUACCCAAGAAAACCCAUAAAUAUGCACUAAAACAUCAUAUAAAAAAAGCUUAAAUGGUAGCUCUGUGUAAAGUGUUGACAACACCACUGCAGCACUGAUUAAAGUUAUCACGUGUAUUCCAAUUUUCUGUUAGAUGCUGAUUGUCAGUUCAGCCUUUGCUUCUUUUAGCAGUGUGCAUGUGUGUGUUGUCAAGGUCCCAGUGCUCUUUCAGUGCUGAGUCAUGUGUGUUUUUGCAGCCAGUAGAAGAAAGUCUCUUGCCAGUUUGGUGAGGUAAAGAUCAAGAUCCCUCAGAAUGAUGUAACCCUCAACUCGGCUGUCCCACACCGUCUUAGACCUGGUUUCUGGGUUCAGGGGUGCCCGUACUGGAAGAGAGGUUGGCCUCAUCCUAGAGCUCUGCAUGUAACUCAUCUGGAUAAGAAAGCAAAACAGUUGAUCAUCAGACCUUGGUGUCACUUCCUCCAAAGUGUGCGUGUGGGCUAAAAAGGGGACAAACCGUGGGUGGAUUUCAGUAAGAAGACUGUGGAUACCUGAUUGCUUACUUGGCUCAUCAGGUCCCUCAGGUCCAGCUGAAUGUGCUUGAUGCUCCGAGGUAAAGCCCCGACUCCCGCCAUCUGCUCUUUCUCCAGCUGUUUUCUCUUCCACUCCAGCAUAUUCCAGUAGGUCUGCAUGUCCCUGAGGGCAGCAUGCAGUCGUUCCCAGUCCUGAACGCACAACGAGAGACAACCACACAAUUACAUAAUCAAAAUGUUGCACAACCCCCUUUGAAGGCCUGAAGUUCUAAAAGGGGAAUUCCGCUCAAAUUUUUACAAGUUUUACACCCUGCAAGAGCAGAGUUUCAGACAAUGUCAUUAGGUUUGUGUUUUUUUUAAUGCCCAUAAUGGAAAAAAAAUCUUUUUGAAAAAUUAAAACAAUGGAAGAAAUUCUCAGAAAACUUUUAGAACGUUUUUUUUCGCAAUAACAACCGCAGUGUGAUUUUCUGUGGGAUUGUUUUGAAACACUCAGACAGAUACUAACCGUCAGUUUUAGCCAGCUGUAGAAAUCUGUAGAAAGUGAUGGCAGGUCCUUCAACUGACGGCUUCUGUCCUCAAAAUCCUGAUUUCCCAACUGCUGCUCCUUCUAUUGAAGUAAACAGUAAUGAUGAAAGAUUUAUGGAUAGGGAAAGCUAAUGCUGGAUGUGUGCAGAGCUCACAGUGAUUAACUGUUUGUCAGGAGAGCAGAGAGUUUUCAGCACUCACGUAUUUCUUCUGCAGCUGCUGGACACGAGUUCGGGUGGACCUCGUGAGACGAAAGGAAUAACUAUAUUUAUUCCUCUGGAGGUCUGGAGAUGGAGCAGAGGACUCCACACAAUUCAUUAUACAGCAAAGGAGGACGAGAGUCUGCAACCAAACAGUCAUCUGAAACAGAGACAUGACUAGAGUUAUGGGCCGUUUAAAUCAAAAUGAUUUGCUCAGCUGCUUUUCAGGCAUAAACCCACUCAGAUCUGUCACUUCUGUGACUCUUCUGACUGACACUACGGUAUCACUUCCAGCACACAUUGGGCAUUCCGAGGCUGAGUGUCUCUUUAUGGGAACUUAACUGUACUAACCAUAUUUAGUAUCCAAAAGGAAGUCCAUUAAUAUUUCUGAAAGAAAAGCCACCCCCGCCGUCCAACCCCCACAAAACGACAUCCCCAAACAAGCUUUCUGUCUUAUGUAAUUCAGUAACACAACAGCUGAUCUGGUUGCACAUGUAUGGAAAAAGACAUUUUUUGAUUCCUCUAAAUGGUUUCAGUGUGGAAGGAAGCAUUUUUUUCUCCAUUUCCUGUGGUCAUUUUAUUGAGUUGCAUCUUGUGUCGUUGGUGCAACACAGUCUUCUUGAAGAGUCAACAUGUUUCUCAUUCACUAAAACCAUGACAGUGAUCUCUAAUGAUGUUGACAACCAAAGUUCACUCAGUUCUAUACAAAUAAACAACAGAAAAGUUAUGGGAACUGAAUUUAUAAUGAAUAUUAAAUGUUGUCAAGCAUACAGGAACAUUGCUGCUGUUUGACAAGCCUGUACUUGAAGUUUGACGUGGACUUAAGCGUGUCCAAGACAUACAAACAAAAUGUUUCCCACAAAUUGUUCCAUUUCUAUGCACUGCCAUAAACACGCCGUCACUACAGUUGCCUGCUGUGUUGUUGUUUUUUGUACAUAUGCUCACAUGGUGAUACAGAAAAUAAUUAAAAUAUGAAUUGAUAUAAGUAGAUAAAGAUAUACAUUUCCCAGGAUAACAUACUUAAAAAUACUCAAACCCUCAAACUCAUGUAAAGAAUGUAUUAUUUUUAAGCUUACCUUGGAGGAGCGGGAGUGAACAGUGAACUCUGAGCAAGAUGAGGUAACUUCAUGCUAUAGUGAGUCUGUACAGUUUAUAUAUUUGUCUUGUUCUUGCUUUCGGUUUCUAUCAGAUUUGGAGUUUUUUCUUUUUUUCCUUUUUUUACUCUCUCAGCAUCUUGCGGUCACUAUAAUUCAGGCAGGAAUGAGUAAGCUGAAUAAGGAAAUGCAUUGACUUGUUUUUUUUUCUUCUUCUUUCUCCUUUUUUGGUUAUAUUGCAUCUGGGGAAUGGGUGUUUUCACAAGCACUAAUUAAAGUUUAUUAUACCUAUUAUCUAAAGUGACACAUAAUAAACAGUUUCUACCCA